GCUUUUGUUCCUUCCCCAUUUCUAUAAAGCCUACUUUACGUAACUAGCUCAACAACAGCUCUCAAAACAAGCAUUCUCAACGUUUCAAAAUGCCGACUCCCGGAGCACAUAUUCUUGUCUAUCCAUACCCAGCCUCAGGCCACAUUAUCCCUCUCCUUGAUCUCACCCACCGCUUACUCACCCGCGGCCUAAACGUCACCGUUGUGCUCACUCCUGACCUCUCCUCUUUACUCCAUCCUUCCUCCUCGCUCAAAACCUUAGUCCUUCCCACGCCGUCGAGGCCAGCAACUUCUUCCUCAUCAAACAGACUUCUCAAUACGAUACGUGGAUUGCGUGAACUUCAUUAUCCUGCACUCCUUUCUUGGUUCAAUUCACACGCUUCACCCCCCGUUUCUAUUCUGUCUGAUUUGUUACUCGGCUGGACCCAAGAGCUGGCUUCCGAGGUUGGCGUGCCACGUGUCGUGUUCUCGUCCUCCGCCGCUUUAUCACUGUGUAUAUCAUAUUCUCUGUGGACUGACUUACCAAAGAUUGAAAAUCCUGGUAAAGGAAAUUUUCAGAUAUCGUUUCCGAAAAUUCCGAAUUGUCCAACUUACCCCAGCUUUCAAGUCUCACGUAUUUAUCGAGAAGGGAAAGAAGGAAACCCUGAUUGGGAUCUCUUCCGAAGCUGCAUGCUUGAAGACAAAGCAAGUUGGGGGGUCAUGUUCAACUCAGCAAUUGAGUUGGAACGUGAUUAUAUCGAUCAUAUUAAAAAAGAUCUCGGCCACGGCCGUGUUUGGGCAGUGGGACCUCUGCCGCCUCCGGAUGAUGAUUGGGUUGAGAUGCCAACUCACGAGGUCCUCACAUGGCUAGACUCUCGUCCUGACGAUUCGGUCGUUUACAUAUGUUUUGGUAGCCGUCAGGUUUUAAAUUCGCAACAAACGGCGGUGUUAGCAGCCGGUUUGGAGAAAAGUAUGGUCCAUUUCAUAUGGGUCGUACGGGAAGGCACGGAGAAAAACGGAGGAGACGACGACGGUGACCUUCCAGAUGGAUUCGAAGAACAUGUGGCGGGAAGGAGUUUCAUCAUAAAAGGAUGGGCUCCACAGGUAGCCAUAUUAGAACACCGAGCCACUGGCGCCUUCUUGACGCAUUGCGGGUGGAACUCGACCUUGGAAGGAGUUUCGGCGGGUGUGGUGAUGCUGACAUGGCCGAUGAGCGCUGACCAAUUCACGAAUGCACAGCUCUUGGUUGAUGAAUGGGGAGUGGGGAUCCGAGUUGGCGAAAAUGUAGAGAAUAUUCUUGAGCCAACAAACCUGGCUCAGUUGUUUGAUGAGUCAGUGGAUGGAACAGGGCCACAAAGACUGAAAGCCAGACAACUGAGAGAGGCUGCCAUUAAAGCAGUAAAUAUAGGGGGAAGCUCGGAUAAAGAUUUAGACGGAUUUGUGAAUACUAUAAAUGAGCUUAAAAGAAACCUCGAAGCUGCGCUGUAAUAAGUAAGAAAAGAACAAGAAAAAUUAUAAAUUAAAUUACUAUGAUUAAAUUA